AUGCUGCGCCACGCCAUUGGUCGCCGCGCCAAGUCGACGGCCGCGCGCGCCUGGGACGACAUCCCGACCGCGCCCGAGUACGGUGUCGGUCCGUUCAAGUCGAGCGGUCUCUACUUCUUCCGCAAGAACGGACUCCGCGUGACGUACGAGCGCUUCCAAACGCUCCAUCGCGAGCUCGGCCCCAUCUUCAAGCUGCGCUUUGCGCCGUUUACGCCGUACCUCGUCUCGGUCGCCGACCCGGAUGCGACCGCGCUUGUGUGCCGCACCGAAGGCGCGAUGCCACAGCGCCACCUCUUUCCUGCCUGGACGCUCUACCGACAGCAGCGGCAGUGGCCGAUGGCGACCUCCAACACGAACGAGUACGCGGCGUGGAAAAAGUCCCGGGCCGGCAUGAGCGACAACUUGCUGCUGAUGCACAACGUGCCCACGUGGAUUGGGCGGAUCGACGACGUCGCCAAGGAUGUCGUUGCGCGGCUGGCGGCCGAAGCGCAAAACGGGUCGCCGGUCCCGGUCACCAACCUCAUGAAGGCGUUUGCGCUCGAGGCCGUCUCGUCGCUCGUCUUCGGGAAGCGCAUGGGCUGCUUGUCACCGAACCCGUCGACGCCGAUCCCGGCGGCGGCGCAAGCGUUCAUUGACGCCGUCGACGGCUUCUUUGACACGACGCAGCAACUGCACAUCAUCCCGCCCGAGGUGCCCACGUGGAUUUACCCAUUUUUACCAGCCUACCGCGCCCAUGCCGCCCACUGCGACUAUAUCUUUGACCUCGGCUAUGAGCUCAUGCGCGACAAGAUUGCGUCCACCGACGCCUCGCCCGAGCCGGACCUCCUUGGCGCCUUUUUAGAGCGACCCGAGCUCGACGAACGCGACGCGAUUAGCCUCGCGAUCGACGUGCUCUUUGCUGGCGUCGACACCACGGGGAACACCCUCCUCUGGACCAUGUACUGCCUCGCGACAGCCCCGAAUGGCCGCGAGAUGCAAGCGCGCAUCCGUGACGAGAUCGGGUCUGGCCCGAUCGACGAGACGGCACUCGGUCGUUUGUCGUACUUGCGCGCGUGUGUGAAGGAGACGUUGCGGCUGUACCCGUCCGCGACGCCCAACCAGCGCUACGCAGGCGAGGACGUGACGCUCGCGGGAUACCACGUCCCGAAAGGCACGAGUGUGCUCAUGGCCACGUACACGAUGAGUCGCGACCCCAGCAUCUUUGAGGACCCCGAGGUCUUUGCGCCUGAGCGCUGGCUCGACCGCGAGAAGAAGGGCGCGGACAGCCGCAAGCAACAAGCGUACUCGACGCUGCCAUUUGGUAUUGGUGCGCGCAGUUGUGUCGGGCGGCGUCUCGCCGAGACCGAAAUGUACGUGCUCUUGGCCCACAUUUUGCGCGAAAUGGAGAUCCAGUGGAUCCCGAACGAGACGCACCCAAAGGGCAUUCUGCGCCUCCUCAUCGUCCCCGACAAGCCGCUCUCGUUCCGCUUCCAGCCGUGGUCGUCGUAA